AGGACACUUCCGGUCGCUUGGGAAACGGAAGGACCCCAGCGUGUGCUCGCAGUCAGUCACAAUAUUAGCUCACAUGCUAACUUAGUAACAGCCCCGCGCAGGCAGGAAGCGCUGGAGAUGGCUGAGGUGAAGGUGAAGAAGGAGACGAACCUGUCGGACCCCGUGGAGGUCGAGAACAGGAUCAAAGAGCUGUGUCAGCAGUUCCCUCACGGUAUCACGGACCAGGUGAUUCAGAACGACAUGCCUCACCUGGAGCCACAGCAGAGAGCCAUGGCCAUCAACAAGCUGCUCUCAUUGGGUCAGCUGGACCUGCUGAGGAACAGUGCAGGUCUCCUGUACAGGCUGAAGGACUCACAGAGCACCAGUAAAAUGAAGGGCUCAGACAACCAGGAGAAGCUGGUCUAUCAGAUCAUCGAGGACGCAGGAAACAAAGGAAUCUGGAGCCGAGACAUCCGCUUCAAGAGCAACCUGCCUCUGACCGAGAUCAACAAGAUCCUGAAGAACCUGGAGAGCAAGAAGCUCAUCAAAGCUGUGAAGUCUGUGGCCGCGUCGAAGAAGAAGGUGUACAUGCUGUACAACCUGCAGCCCGACCGCUCUGUGACGGGCGGCGCCUGGUACAGCGACCAGGACUUUGAGUCCGAGUUCGUGGAGGUUCUCAACCAGCAGUGCUUCAAGUUCCUGCAGAGCAAGGCGGAGGCGGCGCGGGACAGCAAGCAGAGUCCGAUGGUUCAGAGGAACAGCUCCUUCGCCACGUCGCACGAAGUCUGGAAGUACAUCUGCGAGCUGGGCAUCAGCAAGGUGGACCUGUCUAUGGACGACAUUGAGACCAUCCUGAACACGCUCAUCUACGACGGGAAGGUGGAGAUGACCGUGAUUGCCGCCAAGGAGGGCACGGUGGGCAGCGUGGACGGGCAGAUGAAGCUGUACCGCGGCGUGAACACCAUCAUCCAGCCCACCGGCCUCGUCAAGACGCCCUGUGGACUCUGCCCGGUGUUCGACGACUGCCACGAGGGCGGAGAGAUCUCGCCGUCCAACUGCAUCUACAUGAGCGAGUGGUUGGACUUCUGAAGCCACGCCACGCGUUUCUCCGUGACGGAA